AUGGCUGGCGAGGACCCUAACACUCUGGAAGAAGAGGAACUCGCUGCGAAGAUUUUCGAGAACUUUACUCGAGAAACUUCGACGCCAGUGUCGGCAGCGCUGUCGACGUCCUGGUUCUGGACGCGCGCACCGCCACCCUCGUUGGAGACAGCGGAUACGGCUAGCCAGCCCCGCGAUGCAGCGCUUCAAGCGCCUCCAAAGAGCCCACAGACGCCGUGUCUGCUGGUCACAGUUGAAAUAGAACGGCAGCAAAGAGAGCCGCGCAUCGGACACCAGUACCGAUACACGCACUGGGAACAGUUCCUGAUCAGGGCAAACCAGCCACCUUCCAUACCCGUCAGCGGCUCGAAACGAAACGCCGCUAUGCCUCUCCUCCAGAUCGAGCGAAUAACGCCACCAGCGGCUGCCGCGCAGGAGACGCAACACGUACUCAAAUUUGACUCAGAUGAGGUGGCGUACCGACUGCUCUUUUUUCGCGACAAGGAUAAGGACACGUCCGCCAACACAUCAAAAUCCUCGCCGCAUGCAGCACGUAUAGAAGUUUGGCAGCGCCAGCAGCUCGCGAACGGAAACCCGAGCGCACCACACCUGGUACGCUGCAUCCCGACCGACAGGGUUCAUGGCGACGUCUACAGCGAUGCGCUAUUCGGAGGCUGUGCAUACAGCGCAACACAAAUGGCCUUCUUCUACGUGGCGGAGCAAUUGCAACCAACGCAUCCGAACCCAGCGCUCUCAGAUCAACCACACAUUAAUUCCCUGACAACAAAAACCAGCCCAGAGCAGAACACGCCGUGGCCCAGCUAUUCGGCGUUCCGACAUAUCGACGACUACGGAGAGCAGUUUGUCGGCAAGCGCGCCCCGCGCCUGUACACGCUCGAAGCGCUGCUGCACGCAGCUGCCGAUCAACCGGCGACAUGGCGCGUGCGUGCGCUGCGGAUCACCGGGGCUGCGCCCGCGAUCGCCGAUGCCGAUGCCGCGGAUCCGCAGUGCCGCGGCGAUGUGCUCGUCUGGAUCGCGCGGCAACGGCGCACGGAUGUGCCGCGCGGACACGUGUACUGUACCAAUCGUCCGAGCGUGAUCGUUGUUGCUCUGCUGGAACGUCGUCCAAUCGAGGAAAGUGAAUCUGAUGCAGACGGAUCUGCGCUCGUCGCUCAUGUACAGGUGGUCAUUGGUGCCGAUGCAGACGCGCCCUGGUACUACAGUCGAACGUGUCCACGAUUGCACAGCGAUGCGCUGCUGGUGUGGGCGGAGGCACCCUGCGAUGCACCGCAUUGCACUGCGCACUGGAUCAUAGAGGCGCCGCUGCUGCUCAUCGAUGAACCGAAACGCACGCUUCGCCUUGGUCCAUGUCGUCGCUUUCUGGCUCCGAACGGGGAAACGUGGCCUCGUUUUGGCGAAUGGCCCGGCGGGUUUUAUCCGUUAAAUCCAGCUCGGGUGCUGCUUGAGGGCGCAGACGGAUGCUUUGGCUCCGAAUGGAUUGUGUUGAACGCAGUCGUCGGCAGCCGAGCGCGACCUGUCCUGCUCGAUCGCCGCACUGGAGCGCUCGCGUUCAUCGGUGAGUCUGAGCACGCGUGCUACCAGCGCAUGGAUCAGGUGCUGGCAGUGAAGCGCAGCUGGCUACCGGAGCCUCCUACGGAUGGGGAAGCGCAGCCGCAGCCACAUCCGCAGCGUCUGGCUCUGGACAUCGUGGUCGGUACCAGCAUGACGUUGUUGACGGCGCCGACGAUUGAGCUCGCCGCCCGGCUGAUCAAGGAGGAUGCUGCGGACUCGGGGACUACUCGCACGGUUCAGUGCGUGAGCGAGUGGUGCUUUGCACCCAGCGACCAGUGUCACCGGAUGCAAUGGUGCAACACCGAAGCAAGUCUCGGCACCGUCACGCUGGGUUACGGGGCUGCAAACCAGGCCUACCGCAUUGGUAUCGCGUCGUUGGCGCUGUCAGCGGGCGGCUGGCUCUCGUCUGUGUCGACGAAUCCCCCGGAUCGAUUCGAGGCGAUCGUGGUGGCACCGAACCGGGGCGCGCUGCUUGAUGCGCACGGCCGUGUACCGCUGGUACUGGUGCUGCACGGUGGCCCGCACGCGUGCUACCUGGCAAACGUGUGGAAUCCGGGUGUGGCGGUACUCGCUCGACUGGGUUGCGUGCUGUUGCUGCCGAACUACCGCGGUUCACUGGGACAGGGCGAGGCUCGACUUCGCUCCCUGCUCGGUAAGAUUGGCGAGCAAGACGUUCAAGAAUGUGUAUUGUCCAUGGAAUGCGCACUGGAGAACGCUGAUUUUUGGCGCUGGUUCCGAGGCGAGCACCAGCCACUAGGCGACGGGGGUCGCUCUGACAACGAAAACGACGGCAGCGGCACAAGUUCGGGACGCUGGUACCCCCAGUGGAGCGCUAUUGAUCGCAGGCGCGUCGGUGUUGUCGGCGGGAGUCAUGGGGGUUUCCUGGGGGCGCACCUCAGCGCCGUGCGCCCUUCAGUCGUGCGUGCGGUUGUCCUGCGUAAUCCUGUCGUCGAUAUUGCCACAAUGGUGUCGCAGACGGAUAUUGCAGACUGGUGCUAUCACGAAUGCGGCAUCGAGAUAGGGCUCGAAAGAGGCGUCGAGCGCUCGACGUCCGACAGCAACGACGGCAUUGGAGAUGCAUCUGCGUCGAGUACGCCAGGCAACAUUCAUCGAGUGCCGCAACUCGCCGAGCUGGAACGUAUGCGUUUGUGUUCACCCAUAUCGCAUGCGGAUCGAGUUCGAGCAGCGACCCUGUUGCAGAUCGGUGGACAAGACCAACGCGUCCCGUGUUCGCAGGGUUUUCAAUGGGCACGUGCGAUUCGUACCCAGGCUGAAGCGCUCCGGGUACUCUUCUAUCCACGCAGCAAUCAUGCGAUUGAGGAUUCGCCCAGUUUCGAUGACGCUUGGAUCCAGUGCCUCGCGUGGCUGUUGAAAUUCCUCCCCGCGAGCAAUGCUGAUGAUGCUGAUGAUCAUGUCAGGGGGUCUGCUUCGCGGCCUGCCUAG